AUGUCUGUGGAGAAGAAGAAAGGAACUACAGUACACUGGGAAGUGACUCGAAAUGAAAUAGCUGAGGUGGAAGGGAUUCCUCUUACGACAAGAAUGUAUGGUAUAUGGGAUAAAAUCUGGGCUUUCCAAGCCAAACCUGAUGAUCUUCUCAUAGCAACCUAUGCAAAGGCAGGUACAACAUGGAUUCAGGAGAUUGUAGACAUGAUCCAACAGGAUGGAGACACUAAGAAAUGUAAACGUGCUGCCGUUUAUGAACGUAUCCCUUUUAUCGAAUGGGUUGUGCAUGAAAGUUUACCCUCAGGCCUGGAACAAGCUGAAAAAAUACCCUCCCCAAGGACACUGAAAACACAUCUUCCUGUACAGCUGGUACCCCCAUCCUUUUGGGAGCAAAACUGUAAGAUCAUCUACGUGGCAAGAAAUGCUAAAGACAGUGCAGUAUCUUACUACCACUUCCACAGAAUGAAUCAAAUUAUGCCUGAGCCAGGAACGUGGGAGGAGUUUUUGGAGAAAUACAAAGCUGGAAAAGUGCUCUGGGGCUCCUGGUAUGAUCACGUAAAAGGAUGGUGGAAGGCAAAAGAUAAUCACCGUAUUCUCUACCUCUUCUAUGAAGAUAUCAAGGAGAAUCCCAGGCGUGAAAUCCAGAAGGUGAUGAAAUUCCUGGAAAAGGACCUGGAAAAGGAAGUUCUAGAUAAGAUCAUCCAGAAUACACAAUUUGAGAACAUGAAAGAUAAUCCCAUGGCAAACUACACCACAAAGCCUCCAGAGCUAAUGAACCAUAAAAUCUCCCCAUUCAUGAGAAAAGGAGCUGUUGGAGACUGGAAGAACCAUUUUACUGUAGCACAAAAUGAGAGAUUUGAUGAAGACUAUGAGCAGAAGAUGGAAGGAAUUUCUCUGACUUUCCGCAUGGAGCUUUAAGAAGGGACAUAUUCUCCAUUACAC